AUGAAACCGUAUAUAGAUGAUCGAUUCGCUAAUAAAGCUGUGCCAAGCAUGGACCCAAAGUCAGGGGCAGGGCAUGCGGAUGCGAUGGUGUUACUGUUUGAUAAAAUAAUUGGCAAAUUAUUCAAUCUGGAUUGCACUGAUUAAUAAUUCAUUGUUAAGGGUAGAUUGUUUCAUUACAUUAGCUGAAUUAACUGCUUGAAGAGAAAUUGACAGGCAACAUUGAAGAGAAGUAUUCCACAUCUGAAAGGACCUCUGACUUUUUCACCAUGGCAAGCCCUUCAGCUGGAUUAACCAAAGAAGAGAUCAAAGAACGUCUAGCUCAGAUGAAGAAACAGUAUGCACAGAUGCAGAAAAAGCUUGAGAAAUCUGACAAGGCUGCUAGAGUGAAGAGGCAUGUGAGCAAAAAGAUUGCUGAUUACAAGCGGAAGCAGUCAACAGGAGGAUCUCCGGAGUGCACCAUCUUGAGAGCAGAUGACGUAUCCACAGUCACCACUGGGAAUACAAGAAGCCCAUCUCUGUCCAAAGACAAUAAAGUGUGUCUGUCUUCAGAACUCAAACGAUCCACCUCAAGGAAGAAGAGUGGUAAGCGUCGGAGCGUGUCCUUCGUUCUUUCACCUCAGUCAACACCAACAAGCAGCAGACACAAUGCUGUGCAAGGGACUGAGGUGGCCAGUGCAAUAUCAGGAGAUGAUCGUUUGGGAGUGAAUUCACAACAUGACUGUCGUAUGUCACCUGAGCCACACAUCCAGAAUGCAAGCAGGCCAAUGAAGGAGUCUGGAGAUGCACCCAACAAGAUUUUGUUCAGGAGUGGCAAAUCUCAGAAAAGAAAACCGUUGGUACAUGUAGUUCCAUCUGGAGAAAUUGGCGUUGACCAGUCAACAGAUCUCAAUGAAGGCUUUGUGUCAACAGAUCUCCAGAAUUCAGAACAGAAAAAAGACAAGGACAUCACUACUGACAAAUCUAAAACAAAAUCAGAUCCGGGGGAUUUCAUGAAACCUGACAAGGAUUCCCCAGAUGCAAAAACACCCCCAGAGGAUACCCAGUUUGAUCUCUUUGCUGAUACAGAUGAACAAAAUGAAUUUCAGCAUGCCACUGAGGUCUUGUUCCAUUCUCCAGUCAAUAAUGACAGUGCCUCAUAUGACAAGAUGAGUGCAGCAUGUGCACCAAUGCAGACUGUGUCAUCUUGUGAACUAAACACCUUGACAACAAAACAAACUGAAAAGGAGCCACAACCAAAUUUUGUCUCGGGGUGCAGGAUGAAAAGGCAUGAGGAUAUAUCACAGGAGUCUGUUAUUAUACUUGACGAGACUCAAAUAGAUAUAUUUCAGUCCCAGACUACCAGUAGGUGUAGUCAAAACAAUGAGAUUGAAAUCUUGGAAUCAACAGGAGUACAAGAGGCACUUCCUAGAAGCACAUCAAAUACUUAUUCUGGAGCAGUGACUCUCAAGAAAAGCCCAUCUAUGAUGGUAUCAGAACCAGGUUAUUCCCUAAAGAAUCCUAUGCAUGUGAAGUUAAAUAAAGACAAGAUGGUGUCCGGUGGACAUCAAGAUAUGAACCACAGUGUGCCAGAUGAUGAAAGUGCAGAAGAUCCAGACGUCAUUCCAAGCACCUUUCCUGAGGAUCAUGAGCCAUUGACAAUAACAAAGAACAGCGUAUCCAAUCAGAAUUCUAGCACAGGCAAUUCAGAUGUCAUGAAAACUAAUUGCAAUCAAGAUAAAAUGCCUUCACCUCAAAUUGAUGAACACAAAAAUGAUUUCCAAAGUUCAUCCAAACAUAUUGUGGAUGAAAAAGGAGACAACAGUGAAUAUGAAAUGAAGGGCAGCAGUCAGGCAACUGAUGUUAAAGAAGUAGACUUAGCUGUAACAAAAUCCAGAUUGUCUGGAAAUGGGGAAAUAGUACACAAUGAAGAUGCACAGUGCGUAUUGAGAAACAAUGACGUUAAAAAGGACACCAAUCAUGUUGAUCCAUCUUCGGUCCACCUUGAUUCUCAAAACAUUCUGGUUAGCUACCAAGAAUUGACUUCUCAAAUGAUUGAUACAUCUCCUGAAGGAAAGGGAAGGACUGAUACCCAGAAGAGGACGAGGAGGAGAAAGAACCAAAGAAGCAUUGACAAUCUCUCGGUGGAUGACAUCAGUUUGAAGGAUUUUGUAGUGUCGCAACAGAACAGCCAGGAGGGCAAUCACACCUGGAUCGACGGACUAAUGUACCCAGCAGAAUACUAUGUCAGGAAGACCAGGAGCAUGUCGAGACCUUCGCCCAAUCUACAUUCUGCGCCGGUUCUUGGACAGAAGCGUUUGUCUAAAACUUCUCGGGGGAGAAAGGGGUCUGUGACGAGGACCACUCCCAAUGGUGUGAUGAGUGAGCCAGUUCAUACCGAAUUGCCUGAUGUUGGCAAGAUCCAGGCGGGAAAGGAAGGGUCUGAAACUGUGUCUUCAGAAAACUUGGAAUCGGGUAAUAAUGACGCCUGCUUAUCAGUAGAACAAUCUCAGGACUUCGUUAGAGGUAGACAAAUGGCAAUAAGUGAAUCUGUACAUGACAAGGAAUCACAUCCUCCAAGGAAGAUGAAAGUUUUGCGCAAAGCAUCAACUACUAAAAGGAAGCAGGGAAGAAAAACCUCUCGCAAGAAACUGGAAAGUGACUCGGAGUGUACCAUUACACAGGCAGCCACAACUUCUCCAACAGGAGCCCAUUUUAAUUCAAACAAUGGACAAGAUGAAUACCAAAAUGAAAGGCAGGAUAAUUGUGAUCAUCCUGAGCCAACAACUACUUUUGAUAAUGAUCAUAGAUUACCUAAUGGAGAAGAAAACAAAACUACGUCAUCUAUUUGUCAACUUACAGGGGGUUUGGCUUCACAGAGGAAUUACGCCAAAGACACAAUAUCAGUUUCCUCAGGCUUGGUGUGUGAAGAUAGUAAACACUUCUCUAUCACUCAGAUGACAAAUAAUCCACUGGAGAGCCAGUUCACACAGACUCAGGUCCCAAGUAACUUUGCCUUGCCAAAGGUAUUUGGUAGUCCUGGACACUCCACCCAGUGCCCUGUUGGUCUGUCCCCAGUUUCUCCAUCUUCCACACCCAUGAAUGCACUUUGCAGCCCGACCUUGAUGCCAACUGCAUCUCAUCAUGGGAAUGAAAUGGAUCCUAUUCAAACUGGGGAACAUACAUUUAAGCAACACUUUGAAGAUAACCCGGAGUGCAAUGACCAGCAGUGGAUGUCAGAAGUGUACCUUGCAGAUGUUGUACCUGAGGUUCCAGCCGAUAUUGAUUCUGAACAUCAAGGCUUGGACAGUCAACACGACGUCCAUGCAGGACGUUUAUCUCUUGAUGGAUGUGAUAUUUCACCCUCAGAAAAUCCUGAUAGGAAUGAGCAUAUCCUGCCAACUCUGCAAGAUGAUCCCAUAAUAGACUCAAAAGUUAGUGACAUUCUUGUGAAGAAUGGGACACGACUUGUUGGCAGUGUCAUAAAAAAUGAACACAAUCUUCCAGGAGGGCAUGAUCAGGAUUCAGAGGAUUUGUUUUCCCAACUGCAUGUUCCUUUCAACGAUGUCCAGGAUGAUAAGUGUGCAUCUGAAAGGACUCCUGCCAAUGACUUCAAAGACAAAGAACCCAUCACAGAGCACCUCCCGUCCAGUCUUCCAGGUGGUCCUUCUAGCCUUUGCAGCAACAUAAACCAGGGAUCCCCCAUGGCCGAUGCAGCUACUGGGACUCCGCCUGAGGUUGCUGAAAUGCCUCAAGCACAAUCACAGUGCACAGACUCCUUGAAAAAUGGAUCAGAGAUUGAUAGGCAUUCUGUGAAAGAGACAUCUGAAGAUGGCUUUAUUGUCAAAGAAUGCUUCCAGUUCAAAGGUUGCCUUGAGCCCAGAUCAGAGCACUCACUAGAAGUCCAGAGUAUUGUUUCAUCUGUCUUUAUCACUGAUGAUGUAUCAGAACCUCUGAUAGCUGCCGUCUCUCCUGAAGAGAUCACAUUCUGGAUACUUCGCAGUGACCAAGAUGGAAAGAGUUUUCAAGCUUUGUGUUCAUGGAGUACAAAUGAGAGUGCCUUGAAGGUAACCAUGUGUGCAGUACUGCCAGGCAUGCCUGACGUCAUUGAAGCUCUUGUCGUGGUUGGAGGUCAGGAAAAGACUCACAGUGUCAGUUUGAUCAGGUGGGACUGUAAGAAAGCUAGAUGGAAUGAGUAUCCAGUCUUGUCUCCUGCCGAUGGUUCAUCCUGCUCAUCCCUCUGUGGUCUUCAAGGAGAGGAGGCUGCUGUAGCUAUCCACAAAGAGGCUGUUGGCUCCGAAGUACUGGUCAUAGGGCUUGACACGAAAAACAGUGAAAAGCAGGACUUUCCAGUCAUGACCUUGCCAGCCUUGAAGGAAAGAAUAAACUCACUGACAGUAGUUGAAGGUGCUGAUCACAUGCUGCUUGGAAUGACUAACUCAGAGGCUUUGCUCUGGCAUGUCCCAUCCCGUCAGUUGGUUCAAGUGUUUUGCCUGAAAGAUCAGAAGCUGAAUUACUCUAUUGAAGCAACUGCAGAAUCAGGUCUACUGUUCUUGGUAGCUUAUAGCAAGCAACUCAGUAACUGCAAAGACCACUAUGAGGAACCCUCUUGCAGUCUCCUGGUUCUCAAUCCUCUGAACGGCCGUUCAUCCACACUGUUGAACUACUCAGCCCCAUGCAUGCAGCCUGGAGUCCAAAUCUGUGACGUGUCGAUGUGUCCUGAUAAGACCAUAGCAGCUUCUUUGACGAAUGGCCACACCUGUCUUUGGGAUCUCUACUCCAGCCGUUUAUUACUAGAGGCCUGCCUUGACCCACCCCAGAGCUCUACUCCACUGUGUAUGCUGGAUGCCAAGACCUUGCUGCUCGGUGCGGAUGGCUGUGUCAGUAUUUAUGAAAGGAACUUUUGAACUGCUGCAAUAGAAUGUUUAAUGUAUUCAUUAUUUUUUUUUAAUUGAACUGCACUUUGAUUAAAGGCAGUCUGCACUGCCUGUGAUGGUGAUAAUGGUAGUGAUUUGUUUACCUGUUUGGUAAUGAAGGAAGAAAGCUUGCAAACAAGUUGCCCAGAGGACCAAAGGCUCGAAGUCCCCUCUGAGGGACCUAUAUCAUAAAGAUGAAUGCCUUCCCAAAGGGCAGCAGUGCACCAAGUGGCUCCUGGGUUACCAGAAUGCAAGAUCACCAAUGUAUUGACUGAGCUAUGGUACCUGCAUAAAAGUUUCAUUGGCUUCCCAAUCCCCCAUUAUUAUGGAGAUGCCGAUUUUGGAAGA